CACCACCUACCGCCCCGUAGUUCGAUUGAGCCUCGCGUGCUCUCACGCACAUACAGUGCGUGAUGACGUAUAGAGACGGCGCGGGCGCCAUCCCGGAAGCUCGAAACAGGCUGCCAGAUGUGCAGGCCAGCCAGAAGGAGGAGGAAGAGAUGGACCCCCCGGACUCGGCCUCGAGGGUCUUCUGUAGCCGCUUCCUGAGCAUGGUCAACACUGAUGACGUCAACGCCAUCAUCUUGGCCCAGAAGAACAUGCUGGACCGCUUUGAGAAGACCAACGAAAUGCUGCUGAAUUUCAAUAACCUUUCCAGUGCCCGGCUGCAGCAGAUGAGCGAGCGCUUCCUGCAUCACACCCGCACUCUGCUGGACAUGAAGCGAGACUUGGACAGCAUAUUCCGCAGGAUCAGGACACUAAAGGGGAAGCUGGCCAGGCAGCACCCAGAGGCCUUCAGCCAUAUCCCAGAGGCAUCCUUCUUGGAGGAUGAGGACGAAGACCCCAUCCCACCCAGCAUCACCACCACCAUUGCCACUUCAGAGCAGAGCACCGGCUCCUGUGACACCAGCCCUGACACAGUCUCACCAUCCCUCAGCCCUGGCUUCGAAGACCUGUCACACAUGCAGCCCUGCUCCCCCACUGUCAAUGGUCACAGCCAGACAGAAGAUGAGGUGCUGCGGGGAGAGUAGCUUCUUUGUAACCCCAGAAAGGUUCAGGACAACAGUGGCUCUCCCCCAGAGGUCACUGCAUCUCGCUAUCUUCAGCUUUGCUCCUCCCUGAAGGCUGCAGAGCCCCUAGGGGUAUGUGUCUCUGAUUCUGGCCCUUCCUCCCUCUGCAGACCCCCUCACCAGGCCAGGAUACAUUCGUUCUAGUAGAGUUGUGGGGCCAGGCUUUGGUCAGCUGUGAGCAACACUGAAAAGGUUCCCAAAAACAAAAACCAGAUGUUCCCAUGCCCUGGCUAGGCUUCCUCUGGUGGACAAGGCACCAUCAUACCAAGUCUAGCCCCACCCAUCCCAUGGCACUCAUUCUGAUCUCCUUCCCCUUUGCUGAAAAAAAAAAAACAUGGAGUACUUUUUUGGGCUGGGACAUCAAGGAGGUUUCUGGGACAGGAAAUUUUGAGGUAGAAGCUGGCCAGCCUCUUAGCCCCGAGCCUGGCAGGGCCUGUUUUUUUCCAAACAGAGCCAGGGUUCCCAAAGAUUCAGCAGGUAUCUCCUGGAGCCGCUGAGGAACAAGGUGGGCCACUCCAGACAUAGUUGAAGGGAAUAUUUUUGUACCCGAUGUUUACAGAUGGGAAGUUAUCAAUAAAAAGACUCUGUUACAAAAAGGGAA